AGAGUACUUCAGUUGAGCGUUAUUAGUUUAGUGAUUAACAAUAAUCGAUUAUGAGACACUUUUCAUUAAAAAAUUUAAUAAUCAGAAUUCUAUUAAUUUUUAUUACACAGCCUGGAUACAAUGGAGUAAAAAUAACUAAAUUAAAGUUACCACUCGCUGUACACAAUGGAACAGGCCCCAUAGAACUAAUAUGUGGUUAUAGAAUUGGAAGACAUGAAAAUGGUCUAGUUGUAAAAUGGUUUCAUGAUUUGGAACAAAUUUACCAAUGGAUUCCACCAAUGCCACCUCAAGUCAAUGGUAUAAUUUCUGGUCUAACUGAAUAUCUACCUGAGAAUACUAAUAAGCCGUUAUCACAUUCAAUUAUUCGACUGAAAAAAGUAAAUCUUGCUAUGACUGGAGUUUACACUUGUAAAAUUAGUACUAUUCUUGAAGACAUUGCAGAGUCAAGAAGAAUGACAGUUUAUGUUCCUGAUCAGAAGCUGAAUAUUUAUGCGGAUUACUACAACAACACUCACAUAAACUUGACAUGUGUUGCUAAAGGUGCUCGUCCAAGUCCCAUUUUAACAAUCAUCGUUGACGGUAAACAGCUGGACAAUCGCAGCAUUCGCAUAGAAAAUUAUCGAAAUUAUCCGUGGAUCAAGCAAGAAGCUAUCGUUUCUAAUUAUUCAAAUCCAGCAAUUAUUCAGUGUGAAAUAACCAUACCUGGAACGGGAUAUAGAAAACGAGAAAAAUUAAUUUAUUAUUACAAUAAACAAUUGGAAAGAAAUUAUAAUCUUCAACUACGUCCGUCAUUGAUAAUAGCAAUAACGAAUGUUUUUUUGACAUUUAUAUUUUCUAAUGGCUGAUAUUAAUUCAAAGUAAUUAAAAAAUUAUAUAAUUUGUUGUGUAAUAAUAGAGAAUGAAGAAAAAAAUCUAUGUACAAAAAUAAAUCAUCUAAUUGUUUUUAAAAGUCUUAAGCCAAUAAACUGUGUAAUCUAUUGAAUCGUAAAAAUCUUGGGCGUAUUUCCGUUUCAGUGAGCAAUAGGUCUAAUCAAUAAAUUGAUUUUAUCGCAAAAUAGG